UGUGGUCUGAACCUCUGAACCCCAUCCACCCAGCCUCUCACACCAUCAGGCACAGCGAGCACCGGGUCGCCUCUUCCCACAUCCUCCAGUCCACAUCCAACGCCUUCUCGCAACAACCAGUCCCUGCAUCUGUCAUCUACACUCUCGAAAUUCUCGCCUCGCAGCUAAAGAAGCCACAAUCGCUGUGCUGCCCACGCAUUCGCUGCCUGCAUCCUCGCAACCUCGGAGUCUGGCCGCGGCUGAGGCAUUUGGGUGGACGGACUUAUUCGCCGCUCGUCCAUCAACCCGCCGAAACGCGCAGUCGGCCGCUUCGAGAGCCUUCAAUUACCUCUGGCGUUGAAUACGCCGGCCUUAAAUACCUCCUGGCGAAUACCUUCAGUCACCUCUCGGCCCUUAAACGCGAUACUUGGCCAUUGAAACCGCGCCAACGCCCUCCCAUCUGACCUCCGCCCCCUCUCCUUGUCUUGUGCCUACCUCGUGCUCCGUGGAGGCAAGCCAAGAUGAGGGAAGCCAACUUCAGCAUACCCAAUGUCAACAAGGCAUCCGUGGGCAUCACCACGGCCUUGUAUGACCGGCGAGCUCUCGACUGCACGUCGACCCUGCCGCUGAUCAAUUCGCUGAAUCACCUGGCCUAUCUCACCACCUCCUCGGCUAGAAUCCGCGACAUUCUCACCGUCGAUGGCGGUAUCGAGAGAUUGGUCUGCAUCCUGAAAGAGGGGCGCAGCAAAGACAUGAUGGACAUGUGGAAGUGGAACCUGGCCUUCCAGUGCGUGGUCAACAUAGGAGUUAGGGGCACAGAGGCGGUCCGGACCCGCGUCGUCGAGGCCGACAUGGUCCCCGUGAUUGCCACCAUCCUCGACAACUACAUCAAGGUCAUCGAGAAGGUGCGCGAGAAAGCAGAGGAGGCCAAGCAAAAGUCGGACCAUCACCGCCACAGAAUCGGCGGCAGCAGCCGCGUGCACAAGUCGUCCAGCUUCUCGUCCAGGUCCGGGAACCUCGACGUGGAUCAGCGAACGUUCCGCAGGCAGGCUCCGCCACCAUCCAUCGAUGUGUCCGCCGCGCUCGCCGGGCCGUCUACGUCAGCAGUCAAUUCCAAUGCAGACCCGACGCCCACCGCCCCUCAAUUCCAAGUGACGCCGCCGGCCGACAGGACUCCAUUGACUGCCCACCGAGCCCUCCACCAUCAUCACGCUCUCGUAUCUCCUAGCCCUCACACUGCGCCACCCCUCGCGCCCGUCGUGCCAUCUAUGGAUGCGGCCGAUGGCUUCGUCAGGCCUAUGCGGGACGCCGAUCGUCUCGGCGGCAUCCUGCCGUUCCCUCGGGUAGCGAUGACCUCGCAGCCAGCAUCCCCGACAACGCCCCUUCCGCCACCGCAACUCCGAUCCCCUACUGUGCGACCGGCCUCGAUUCUUACUGCGAGCGCCCGCUCUCGAAGGCGGCCAUCCAUCCGUCCUCAGCAUUCGACCGCCGCCGAGUCGGACGACAUGAAUGCCGACAGCAUUACCUCGGAAGACUCGCCCGAUACUGAGAUGGCGGGAAACGCAGAGAUGCAAGCAGAGGUCGGUGUGCAAGAGAUUACGGUGGAAGAUGGCGACAGCGUCAUGGCCGGCGGGGCCAUCGAACUCACCACCCCAACGGCCUCGGAAACCCAGGAUGCCGGGGCCUUCAACAUUACCCACCAAGGCCCCGUCGACGGCAGCGUUGCUACCAACAACGCGCCGACGCCCGUCCCGGCAAUGGGCCUGUCCCCGAACCGGCCUACUCUGGUGAGCCCGCCGCAGCCGGCCCUGCCCAACGCCAGCGUCCCGCGCUACCUGUUGGAUCGCCAAGUCAGCCCGAACCCGCAGAUGCUCGCCGCCAUGCCGAGGGAAGAAGACGUCUUGAUGUCACUCCAACUUCUGGCGUAUGUCUCCAAGUACUGCAACCUCAGGAAGUAUUUCCAACGGAGCCACCUCGUCCCCAAGCUCAAGAUCGGCAAGGAGAUCCAGCUUCUCGACGGCGUCGACCCUGCCGCACUCGAGGGCGAAUUGGGGGAGGAGAACGAGGCUGCCGAGGAGGAAUACUGUCUUCCUAACGACCUGAACAUCUUCCCGCUCGUGGAGAAGUUCACGGUUAGGUACCACAGCACCGACAUGCAAUACUGGGCCGGGGUGGUUAUGAGGAACCUGUGCCGCAAGGACGACACACGAGGGGGGAUCCGGCAGUGCGCCUACUACCAGUGCGGCAAGUGGGAGGAGUUUACGCGACAAUUCGCCAAGUGCCGCCGCUGCCGACGGACGAAGUACUGCAGCAAGGAAUGCCAGAAGAGCGCAUGGGCAUUCCACCGCCACUGGUGCAUCGCUGCGACGCAAUGACGGGGCAGACUCCGUUUGGGCAGUUGGGAAAAUGACGGUCGAUUCGACGCUAUUGAUACCCCCCGGUUCGUUUGCUCCUUCACCACCCCGCCGGGAUACAAUCGAGUCAUUCUGGCAUGGCGUUAUUCCAUAAUGUCUACUUGGCAUGGCGAAAACUUUCUAGCGGCU